UCUCGUCUACCCGUUUCUUACACCUGCUCUUCCCCAACACCAUCACCGUCCUAUACGCCGUCACUAUCCACCACCACCACCCUGGUCUGCCUUCUCAGUUAACGACCUUUUUCGGUGGAAACAUGAGCCUUUCACAAUCGCCACUACACAAUCUUUCCAAUCAAAUCAGUUUAUUUUUUUGAAAUUGAUAAUUAAGGGAGAUCACCAUGGCCUACCUGAAGUAGAAUAUCAGACAAGCAAUCGACCCUCAUAUUCAAGUUGAACAAUGUCAGACAACAUACCUUUCCAUAUUCAGGAGGAAAUCAUGAAAAGGCUUCCCGUGAGAUCACUGAUUCAGUUCAGAUGCGUCUCAAAAGCAUGGAAGUCUGUGAUCGAUAGCUCUGCGUUUAUUGCUGCUCACAGCAUUCACCGCCACACUCAUCCACAGCAUCUGCUUGUAUCAUAUCAAGAUCCAAUAGAUGAGGUAAACUAUGUUAGUUUUGUCGAUGAUCACACUCUCCCCCAACAGAGGUCUCUUCCGAUUGUUCCACCGUUUAUUAAACAACUGAUUCAUCCAAAGGUAGUUGGUAGCUCUCAUGGCUUGAUUUGCUUUUUCGGCUCUGAUUUCACUUUUACAACUGGGAUGGCUGUUCUUUGGAAUCCUUCGAUUAGAAAAUCGAUUGAUGUUGUUGUGCCUGGCCGAUCAUUUAUUGGUUUUGGGGUUUGUCCUGUCACUAGUGACCCUAAGAUUGUUUCAAUUACACAAUCUUGGGAUUACCAAAAUAUCGAAACUAGUUACCCUUGCAAAGUUAUGGUUUACACGUUGAGCUCGGGGAAAUGGAGAAAUCUAUCCACCAAUCUGCCCCCUAAACGACUUUCAAGUUCGGGUUUGGUAGUAAUUACUGAUCAAUAUAUCUAUUGGCGUGCCGAGGUACCAACUCAUAAUGCGAUUAUGUCAUUUGAUUUGACUCAUGAGAAUUUUGAAGUGAUAGACCUCCCGGAUAGUUUAGCUUGCCGUGAGUUUGGAGACUUGUAUACUUAUAAGCUAAGGGAGUCUCUUGCCAUGCUUCAGUACAAGGAAAACAUUUGUAAUGUAUGGACGAUGGAUCAUGGUGUUCAAAGAUCAUUUACAAAGCUAUUCACAAUAAAGACACCACAUGAAAUUGUGGGCUUUAGGAAGACUGGUGUACCUAUAAUGCAUGUGCCAAAUGAUGAUGAUGAUGAUGAUGAAGGGUCUAAACUUGUUGUUUAUGAGCCCAACUCAGAACAAAACAAUGUUCUUGAGAUGACUGGAUCUCCUUUUUCUUUCUAUGUGAAAUCCUACAUGGAAACACUACUUUUGUUUGGUCGGUGUGACUCUACUAGUUAUUGACAAUUUGACAUAAGUCGAGGAUGAUGGCCACAUUGCAAUUUAGAGCUUUGGAGCAUGCAUUCUUACUUGUGAUGGUUUAUGCUCCAUGUUCUCUCUUGUUUCCUUAAUUAUAGGCAUUAAACUACUCUAUCAAUUUCCUAAAAGAAGUGUCAUUCCAUCUUCUUUCAUGCUCGUCCAAAAAAGUUGUCUUGUUUUUUUUUUUUUUUUUUUUAAUUUCCCAUAAACACUAAGAAUGUGGUUGGUUUGUAGUUGCGUUCGGAAUUGAAUUUUCAGAUUACAUUCCAUGA